AUUGGUUGUUCUCAAGCCAUAAGUCUAUUGGAAUGAAAAAUAAAGUGGUUGUAGAUCGGAUCAGAGAUGCUACUUAGCAUAUAUUCAAGUUUCCUGGUAUCAAACCUACAUUACCCACUAGUUUAUGUUCAAAUUCAUAUAUGUCUAAGUUUUAUAACAUCAUGUGAUAUUUGUUAAGUUUUCUCGAGCUCAUGUCCAACUCUUAUCGUUUGAUUAGUACGAUAUUAUCCAUUUCAAUUUAAAAAUCAAAUCUACAUGGUUUUACUUUUUCAUUCUUUUCCGAAAAAUCUCGUAUUAAUCAAAAUUAAAUUUUUUAUUAUAUUAAACAUUGUUUAUCUAAACUUCCGCUGUUGAACUUGAAUUGACAUCUCUCGAUAUUUAAAAAAUAUAUUUUGAGACCCCAAUAACAAUUAUUUCUAGCUUGCCACUGCUUUUGGAAAUGCAUGGAAUAGUGACAUGAUCUUGUCAUUUCCAUGUAACCUUUUAUUUCACUUCCUUUUGAUUGAUUAAUGUCAAACUAAACAGGCCUUACUUGCUGGGGCAGCCCGUUUUUGCUACAUCCGAUUUAAUAAAAAAAUUAAGCCCAACCCAACUUUAAUUGAUGACGUGUACCAUCAUCCAAUAAGCUUUUCCCUCCGUCUCAGUAAGAAGGAUAGAGUAAUCGCAUUUUAAAGAUAGACUAAUCACUGUUACCAAACACCCUUUUCAAAGUAUUUUAUAUUUUUUCUUUCUUCUUACUCACUUGACUUCCCGGAGAACACACAACAUUCGAUGGACCGCCCGGAGACGAUCGCCGUCAAACACGAGCCCACGACCGUCGACUCUCCUUCAUCUUCUUCCGCCGUCGCCGUAGACAACAAGCCAGCUCGACCUCAAAAGCUCGUAGUUUUAGCUGACCUCAAUUUCAACCCUCCUGAGAGUGACGAUCUCGACUCAUCAUCGAUUCAAAUCCCUACUCCUUCCAUCAUCACUAGGUUGAGUAACGAGGAAAGUAAUCAAGAUGGAGGUUUGUUGACGUGCAAGGAGGUGGAGCCAGGGGAACUAGAAGCGAAAAAGAUUAGUAAGGUGGGGAAAUGUCGCUCGAGGAGUAAGAUAGAGGGUUCCUCUGAUUGUGCAGUUGAUGCAGAUGGUGAUCAGGCUAGUCAAGGUGUCCCUGCAUCCCGGGAAGAAAAGAUUAGUAACCUCAAAAUGGGUUUGAUUCAUGUUGCAAGGAAGAUGCCAAGAAACGCUCAUGCCCAUUUUAUUCUUGGUCUUAUGUUUCAACGAUUGGGCCAAUCUCAAAAGGCAAUACCAGAAUAUGAGAAGGCUGAAGAGAUCUUACUGGGCUGUGAGCCAGAAAUUGCUCGGCCAGAACUUCUCUUGUUAGUUCAAAUGCACCAUGGACAGUGUCUUCUUUUGGAUGGUUUUGCGGAUAGUGACUCUGUUAAAGAGAUUGAGGGGGAAGAGCUUGAAGAAAUCCUCUCAAAACUAAAGGAUUCUAUGAAGUUAGAUGUUAGACAGGCAACCGUGUGGAAUACCCUUGGCUUAAUGCUUCUCAAAGCUGGCUGUUUGAUGAGUGCCAUAUCGGUUUUGUCAUCUUUGUUGGCUCUUGUUCCUGACAAUUAUGAUUGCCUUACAAACCUUGGAGUUGCUUAUCUUCAAAGCGGAGAUUUGGAGCUUUCAGCAAAAUGUUUCCAAGACUUGGUACUCAAAGACCAUAAUCAUCCUGCUGCUUUGAUUAAUUAUGCUGCUGAGCUUCUCUGCAAACACAGUUCAACUGUCGCUGGUGCCGGAGCUAAUGGUGGCCCUGAGGCUUCUGAAGACCAGAAGGCACAUUUGAAUGUCGCAAAGGAAUGUCUCUUGGCUGCAGUAAGAGCAGAUCCAAAGUCCGCCCAUGCAUGGGUCAACCUUGCUAAUUCUUAUUAUUUGAUGGGAGAUCACAGAAGUUCCAGCAAAUGUUUGGAGAAGGCAGCUAAACUUGAUCCCAACUGUAUGGCUACAAGAUUUGCUGUUGCUGUCCAACGAAUCAAAGAUGCUGAAAGGUCUCAGGAUGCAAGCGAACAGCUUUCCUGGGCUGGCAAUGAGAUGGCUUCAGUGAUAAGAGAGGGAGAAUCUGUUCCUAUUGACCCUCCCAUUGCCUGGGCAGGGCUAGCCAUGGCUCAUAAGGCACACCAUGAGAUUGCAGCUGCUUUUGUUGCUGACCGGAAUGAAUUGACAGAGAUGGAAGAACGAGCUAUGUUUAGCUUAAAGCAGGCAGUAAGUGAGGAUCCUGAAGAUGCUGUCCGGUGGCAUCAGCUUGGUCUUCAUUGUCUAUGUUCUCAACAAUAUAAACUCUCCCAAAAAUACCUCAAGGCAGCAGUUAGUCGGUCUAGGGAAUGUAGCUAUGCGUGGUCAAAUCUAGGUAUCUCGCUGCAGUUAUCAGACGAACAGUCAGAAGCAGAGGAAGUGUACAAGCGAGCCUUGGCCGUGUCAACAGAGGAUCAAGCUCACGCGACAUUCUCUAACCUCGGGAACCUCUAUAGACAGAAGAAGCAGUACGAACUCUCCAAAGCAAUGUUCUCAAAGGCGCUGGAUCUCAAACCAGGUUAUGCACCUGCAUACAACAACCUUGGACUCGUGUUUGUGGCUGAACGUAGGUGGGAAGAAGCCAAGUUCUGUUUUGAGAAAGCCCUUGAAGCUGACUCACUGCUUGACGCAGCACAGUCUAACUUGCUUAAAGCCAAAACCAUGUCAAGACUCUGUACUUGCUUCACUUCUUCAACUGUUGUCCAAGAUUCUUGAUACGGUUUUGUGGAUUCAGAACUCUCACGUUAUGAAAAAAAUGAAAAAAGCUUCGUUUCUUUUA